UCGGAGGACAGACGUGGGUGACAACAAACAAAAGGAGAGACAGAAAGUCAUUGGCUGUCAAAGUUGAACGCGGUGAUCUGAGUUAUCUUGGCUUAAAAAUGUGUUGUCGCAUCUGUGGGUUUCAAAAUUAUAAAUUUGAUUCGCUACAUUCUUCAGGCUAAAGGCUAGCAUGUUCAUCACUGACCUCUGGCAGCUAAAAUCAAAGUGACACAAAAUAAGUGCAAUGUUUUAAUACCACUGCCAAAUACAGAAUGAGAAGUUUUUUUUAUCCCUGUCUUUGUCAUUGGCCUCAUGUGGAGUUUCCUAUAAUUUUGUGUGUAUUGUAAAUGUGACCAGUGCAUCAUAUCAUGGAUGUAUCCUGUAGUGCAGGCGUGGCCAACCCGCGGCUCGGGAGCCACAUGUGGCUCUUACGUUCAUGUCGAAUUUUAUGUUGUUUUUUUUGUUUUUGUUUUUGUUUUUUUUUUAGGCUGUGUGACACAAAUGACUCUGGGGAAACCCAUUUCACACAGAUGAAGAUGUACACAGGAAGUUUUAAAAGAGUGGACGAGUUUUCAUAUCAUUUUUUGUUUUUAUUUAUUUUAAAUUCAAAUAGGAGACAGAGUUCAAACACCGUUCAUACUGAUACACUUCACAGAGUGUGACUGAGUAUUGUUAAAGGUAUCAUGUAGAUCAUGGAGAGGAUGUAGUAAAAGAUGAAACAGGUGUUUUUGUCUGACUCCAGGAUAAUGGAAAAGCAGCAGCUGUGGUCGAUUUCAGCCCACUGGUCAUAUGACAUCAGAAGGCAGUGCAGGUUGUCGCUGUUGUGCUGCAGUUGUGAAGGACGGGUGAAGAUGUUGGAUGGAUGUAGAUAUGCCAAGACAAAUGGUGGCAGAUAGCAGCGGACACAAGGAGAGGAAAAGAUGGAUGAGCGUGGGAGUGUGAGGGGAGACAGAGAGGUGACCUGUGAUGGACGGAGACAUGCAAAUCUACAGGAGAUAGAAAACGAACAGAUAAAAACCCAGGCCAGGGCCGUGUGUCAGGAGUGAUGGAGGGAGCGGAGCAUUAUCAGACGAGCGUGUUAACCUACGGAUGUUUCUAGAAGGGAGGCUUGGACACUGAUAGUGAAGUCAAAGACGGCUGCUGCUGCUGGCAUGUGUGAGGGGUUUCCACGUGUGAUGUUUUUGUUCCAUUCUGAAUGUGAGAGGUGAACUCAGUCGACCCUGAUUGAGGAGCAGUGGAACGGCCGAAGAAACGACAAAAACCAAGGAGGACAUUAUAAAGAUUAGAUCAAGGCGUUUGAAGAAGGAGUCCAAACUGAACAAACUCGUUUUGGUCCGGUGAUGUUUGAGUUGAUCCUCAACAAAAACCACUGAAACCAAACUGGUUACAUACACACACUGCCAUUUGACUGACUUCUUCAGUACGAGAAAAGAACAUCUGCCAAUAAUUCCAGGAGUGUCAGAGCAGCUCUGAUCAUUCUGAGAUGAUGACCAUGAUGAUGAUGAUGGCCGUGACCAUGGUCACCUGCAGCUCUCUGUUUCUGCUGAGCCUGGCUGCUACCCAUGCUUCCUCCAGCACUGUGGCCCAAACCCCUUCUUCCUCCUCCUCCUCCUCCUCUUCCUCUUCCUCACCACGUAUGAAGCUCUCCUACAAAGACCUGCAGCAGUUCCAUGGAGUGCGCAGAUUCGAGCUGGAGCGCUCCUGCUGCUUCACUGCCAUGCUGCUGGACGAAGAACGAGGAAGACUCUUUGUGGGGGCCAAGAACUUCCUGCUGUCUUUGUCACUGGACAACAUAGCCAAGCAGGAGCACAAGAUCUACUGGCCAGCUCCUGUGGACUGGAGAGAGGAGUGUAACUGGGCUGGAAAGGACAUCACUUCUGACUGUGUGAACUAUGUGAAGAUCGUGCACCACUACAACCGUACUCACCUGUACGCCUGUGGCACUGGAGCCUUCCACCCCACCUGUGCUUUUGUGGAGAUCGGGAACAGGAUGGAGGACCACGUCUUCAGGAUUGACCCCUCGAAGGUAGAAGACGGCAAAGGGAAGAGUCCAUACGAUCCACGUCACAAUGCGGCCUCUGUUCUCAUCGGUGAUGAGCUUUACGCUGGUGUGGCUACUGACUUAAUGGGCCGUGACUUCACCAUUUUCAGAAGCCUGGGGCAGCGACCUUCCAUCCGCACUGAGCAGCAUGACUCACGUUGGCUCAACGAGCCAAAGUUUGUUGGAUCCUUCUGGGUCCCAGAGAGUGAAAACCCAGACGACGACAAGGUGUUUUUCUUCUUCCGUGAGACUGCAGUCGAAGCCCAAGGACUUGGAAAGUCGACAUACUCCCGUAUUGGACAACUGUGUCGGAAUGACAUGGGGGGUCAGCGCAGUCUUGUCAACAAGUGGACAACAUUCCUGAAGACCCGUCUCAUCUGCUCAGUACCAGGAGCCGACGGCAGCGACACGUACUUCGACGAACUGCGCGAUGUGUUCCUGUUGCAGACGAGAGACAGAAAAAACCCUCUGGUCUACACUGUCUUCUCUACUUCCAGCAGUGUAUUUAAAGGCUCAGCCGUGUGCCUCUACUCCAUGAAUGACAUCCGGAGGGCCUUCCUGGGGCCCUUCGCUCACAAAGAGGGGCCCAACUACCAGUGGGUCCCCUUCCAGGGAAAAGUGCCCUAUCCCCGCCCAGGAAUGUGUCCCAGUAAGACUUUCGGCAGCUUUGAAUCCACUAAAGGUUUCCCGGAUGAUGUCAUCCAGUUUGCCCGUCACCACCCUCUCAUGUACAACCCCGUGUACCCCAUGAACCGACGGCCCACCUUUGUCAGAACUAACGUGGACUACAGCUUCACGCAGAUCGCCGUGGACAGGGUCGGCGCAGCUGACGGACAGUACGACGUCAUGUUUAUUGGCACAGACAAAGGAACGGUACUGAAGGUGAUCAAUAUUCCCAAGGAAAGCUGGAACAAUAUGGAGGAACUUCUACUGGAGGAGCUGGAGGUCUUCAAAGAUGCUUCAUCUAUCAACAACAUGCAGCUCUCCUCAAAACGGCAGCAGCUGUACGUGGGCUCUGACACGGGCAUCGCCCAGGUUCCCCUGCACCGCUGCAGUGCCUAUGGUAAGGCCUGUGCUGAGUGCUGCCUGGCCAGAGAUCCUUACUGUGCCUGGGAUGGAACAUCCUGCACCCGCUACCUGCCAAACACCAAGAGGCGUUUCCGGCGGCAAGAUGUGAGAAAUGGAGAUCCCAACACUCUGUGUUCUGGAGAUCACCACAAGCAUCGCGUGGCAGAGAAGAAGUUGUAUGGAGUUGAGGGAAGCAGUACCUUCCUGGAGUGUAUUCCCAAAUCCCUUCAGGCCAAGGUGACUUGGACUUUCCAGAAACAUCCACAGAACCCAAGAGAAGAGGUACGUUUAGAUGAUCGCAUCCUCCAGACAGAGAGAGGGCUUCUGAUCCGCAGAGUCCUGAAGAGAGAUGUUGGUGUUUACCAAUGUCAUGCCAUGGAGUACGGCUUCACCCAAACUUUGUUGGGCAUCACCCUGGAAGUGAUACCUUCAGUGUCCUCUUCAGGAUCCAGUCUACCUUCAGAUGCACAAGUCCGCAGUGCGGGCGGGUUAUCAAUGACCAACCAAAAGCUUUGGUACCGGGACUUCAUGCAGCUGGUGGACCAUCCCAACCUGAGCACCGUUGACCAGAUUUGUGAGCAGGUUUGGGCGCGAAAGAAUGCCGGCAGUGAACAAGUGGACAAAACCUCGCCGGUAAAAGACGUCCUGUCUGUGGGUCCUGCUCGCCCAGCUAACAAGAAAUGGAAGCAUCUUCAGGAGAUAAGGAAGGGCAGAAACCGCCGGACCCACGAUGGCAAACAAAACCCGCGUACACCUCGUAGUGCGGGAGAGAAAUGAUGUCAAGAAAAGCAACUGAGGCAUGAGAAUAAGGACUGAUACUGGAAAAAAAGGAGGCAAGUGACUGAACGAGACUAAGACUGAGAACUCAUGGUGUUCUGACACACACUCCCACGUACACCUUUACACUCACACAUUCACACUCUACGCCUCCUCCAUUGUGUAUAGUUAUCUACGGAGGCCCACACUAUAAUCCAGAGUAGUCCCUGAGUCUUCGUCCCGCUGAUCGGCCCCUGCAUGUGCUGCCUUACUGCCCAUAUGAUUCUGCACGAUCCCUUUACACUGUACUGUCAGUAGCAUAGAUGAAGCAGACAUGUGUGUAUAUAGACCUACUCACGGUCACUUUUAUUCCAUUUUGACACUGACUGUAUGUGGAAUGUGGGUUCACUGCACAUAAAUAAGUGUGUUUUUUACAGCUUAAGUCAACACCGCUGUCCUCUGAAAAGCACCAUUGCAAACGAUGUAGAAAUGUGAGAACUGGAAUAUACCGUGAAAUAUUGGUCUCUAACUGGAAAAAAACAUUUUUGAAACCCACCAUUUCUCCUUAGACAAAUACGUUUAUUAACUUCCUGUGGUUCUCCUGGGGCACAUACUGUAUGUUUGCCAGCCAUACUUCAAGAGUAUGUAGUAAUAUAAUAGAAAUGUCAGCCUGUGGAGUAGAUCAGCAUUGUACUAUUAUGAACUCAACUACGCAGAAUACUCUCUCAGUGGUUUUCUUGGGUACACCGAGGCGUGCGGCAGCAGAACAAGUCAGAGAGUACAUCGAAGUUAUGGUUAGAGGAAUAGACGUAGCUGACCAGACAUGAUUGUACUCUGUACUCACUGGUCUAAACCACUAGAGAACAAGGGGUGGUAAAGAACUACUGGCAUUCCAUGAUGUGAGAGAAGAAUUUGAUGUUUACAGUUUGCGGAGGAGGCUAGAUCAUGGAGAUGUCAGUUUGUACAGAGAAGGCCCAUAAAGUCCAUGAUUAGCUUUUAACCACCUUCAAACUAUGUGUCCUCCUUAGCAUACAUUACUGAGGUUAUGAGUUUUCACAUGAUGCUUAACUUUGCUAUAAGAUUUUAUUAUUUAUUGAGUUUAUCUGACUGUGUUUACUGUUGUGUGUAUUAAUAAGAGAUUUGAACACAGAGGUUUGGGUGAAAAGGCAUUAAAUAGUGAGGAGGAUGAGGACAGAUCUUAGAGGACAACCCAGGUUUUGGGCUUCAGUACAGUAUAUAUAUAUAUAUUAGCAUGAUAUUUAUGAGUGAAAUUAUGACUUUUUUCCUUUUUGUAUUCUAAACGGUACCUUUUCUUUCUGCUUUUAUACACUGUUCCUGCAUUUUUUUAGCGAUGAAUACCUAUAUGCAAAUGAAAUAAGUCGGCACCACCUCAUUCUGCACAAAAGCAUUUACAAAAAGCUGUUUUUUUGCAAUCCAGAAGAUGCAUUGUAAGUGGUUCAAUACACCUUUGUCAGUGUCGUGUACAGUCAUUAACAUUUUCAUUUUAGCUGUUCAACCCAUGUCACCUCUUCACAAACGACAUGUUUCGCAAUAAGAUCUUCCUACUCUGUGUCUGCAGACCAAACGCCCCGUGUAACACUAUCUGCAAAGAAGACUUUUGUUUGUUACCUUGUCCUUGCCUUAUGUGUGUUUAUGCUUCCCCCUAGUGCUCAUUGUACAUACAGGCUCGAAUAAUGAGCCAAACUGUGGUGCCAUAUUUAGAAUUAUUUCACUGUCCUUCACACACGGUCUUGUAAGAUAAACCACUCAUCAUCGGUUUGAAUUCAUCCAAUUUAAAAGGUAUUAAACUGAAAGUAGAAAGAUUUGAAUUGUGAUGCUAUUUGUGCUGCUACCACCAUUCGUUUCCAAAUGCAAAUUUCUCAACAUGAUGUAAUAAAAGUUUAUAUAAUACCC